GCGUGUUAAAUUUCUUCGGCGAUGCCCCUCCUCACCAACUCUACCACGUGUAUUUUUGGAGAGGCGCCCGAGUAAGCAUCUCCUCCCUUCCCAAACAGAACACCAUCCUAAAUCCCUACAGUUUUCAAAUUAUGUCCAUCCGAGAGGUGAGCUGUGCCUACCUAGCUUUAGGAAACAAAGUAUCAUGUCGCAUAGGCUACUCGAGAGUUCACCGAUGAACAUGCAAAACAUUCGAACUCUUUGCUUGAUUGUUUGCAUGCUCUCGUACCUACUUGUUGGAGCCGCUGUGUUCGACGCGUUGGAGUCUGAGACGGAAAGUUCCCGAAAGAAAAUGUUGGAGCUUAAACUGAGUGAGUUGAAGAAAAAGUACGGUUUUUCUGAUGACGACUACCGUGAAAUUGAAAAGGUGGUUUUACAAUGGGAGCCACAUCGAGGAGGAAUACAAUGGAAAUUCGCGGGCUCUUUUUAUUUUGCAAUUACUGUUAUCACCACGAUAGGCUAUGGACACGCUGCCCCUGGCACGGACGCGGGUAAAGCGUUCUGCAUGUUCUACGCCGUCCUGGGCAUCCCCCUGACGCUGGUGAUGUUCCAGAGCCUGGGCGAGCGCAUGAACGCCUGCACGCGCUACCUGCUCAGCCGCACCAAGCUGUGCCUGGGGCUGCGGCGCACUGAGGUCUCCAUGGGCAACAUGGUGCUGAUGGGCUUCCUGUCGUGCCUGAGCGUGCUGUGCGUGGGCGCCGGCGCCUUCUCCUACUUCGAGGGCUGGAGCUUCUUCCACGCCUACUACUACUGCUUCAUCACGCUCACCACCAUCGGCUUCGGCGACUUCGUGGCGCUGCUCAAGCGCGAGGACCUGCAGACCAACAUGGUCUACGUGGCCUUCAGCUUCCUCUACAUCCUGGUGGGGCUGACCGUCAUCGGGGCCUUCCUCAACCUGGUGGUGCUGAGGUUCCUCACCGUCAGCGCAGAGGGGCCGGCGGCGGCGGCGGCGCCAGCAGCGGCCGUGGAGGAGGCAAGAGGAGGA